AUUACUUCCAUAGCAACGAUCGGCAAAACAAACGCAGACAGGAGAAAUAGACAUUUCCCUUGUGUAGUACACAUAAAAAAAUCAAAAAAGUUACACGUUUAAAAGUAUGAAGAAUAAAUGGUUUCGAAUUGCCUUUUAUAUAUUUAACACUCUAUGGAUGGUAAGUUAAAUAAGUAAAAUAUAAAUAAAAAGUCGUUUGUUUAUCAAAUAUGAAAUUAAUGUUUCUAAUAUCGUUCCAUCUAGGUUUUAUCAUUGGCAGCUUUAAUAUGGGGAAUUGUUGUGGCAUGGCAUAAGAGAGCAGCACCAAAUAGUAGUUUUCCAGGUGUUCCUACAAAUGAUGACGCCAUUGCUUUUCGGUAACAAUUCUUAAUUUUUUUUAUCAAAAACUCCCUUUACUAUAUAGUUCUUUAAAUAUAUAUUUUUAGGAUUGUCUAUGCUAUCACUACUUUAGGAGCGAUUUCUUUAAUUUUUUGCGUUUGCGGAUACUUUGGAGUCUACCUAAAACAUAAAAUUCUCACUAUAGCAGUAAGAAAUUUACAUUAUUUUGGAAAUGUUGAAAAAGAACACUUACUAAUUAUAACAUUCUUAUCUUUUUCAGUACGCAGGCUUAACUAUAGUUGUUUGUAUUGUAAUACUCAUAAUGCUAUUCUUUUUUGGCUUUAAACUAUAUAAAAAUAAGUUUUACUUUUUUGUGGACAUCGAAGAAUCGGAAAAAGAUUAUUAUAACUAUCUAAAUAAUUCUAUCAUGAAUACCUACACCGGUUCAGUCUAUGUGCAAGGGCGAAUGAAUGUCACAUCACAUAAAGAAUCAAGACAAUGGGAUGAAACUCAUCAAAGUUUAAGCUGUUGUGGUUUAAAAUCUUAUAAAAAUUUUGAAACCUCCAAAACUUGGAAAAAAAUUUAUAGGAUUAGUAAUACAACAGUUAAUUCAAAAAUUCCUGCAUCGUGUUGCCGACUUAGAGAUUCAGAUAAAUUUCCUGAUAAUCCAAAAGAAGUUAUCUUCACGAAAGGUGAAGAAUGCAUAUUAAAAGCAACUGAGGCUUCUGCAUAUCUUGAUGGUUGUUGGGAUAAAUUAAGGGAUGAAGCAAGCUGGCCUGCAAAAAUGAUGAUAGGCUUUGGAGUUGUAUGUGUUAUAAUCAUUCUCCUGUGCAUUAUUUUAGCUCUACUUAUCAUACAUUAUACAAAUUACGAUAAUGCUGUUGAUGUCCAGAUAUCUAAAGAAGUGAAAAAUGAAGAUGAUUACGCUGAAAUACUUAAUGAGUCAAUUUAUUCAGUAUCCAGAGGCCCUCCUACAUACUACGCCCAUUCAGAUUAUAGUGGUCAGACAUAUAAACCAAACAAAAGCAUCAAUAAUAAUAAUUGGGAUGGAAGAGCAAGUGGAAACUACUACGUCUCUAAUCAAUGA